UCUCUUUCUUGACAUCGGAGGAAAAAUGAAGGAGACUUUUCCCCCUUGCAGAGUUGUGCGAUGGACAACUUUUCUUCCUUAGCAUUGUCAAACUCAAGUCGGCUUAAAGUAUGCGACCGAGCGGCACAAGUCUACCCAGACAAGACUUUUUGUGGCAGUUGAUGUAACAACAGGACAAGCGAGUGAGCGACAGCGCAAGCCGAAUUGUUGGGUCGCUGGCAUUUUAUUGGUCGGGACCGACUGCCGCCCAAUUUACGACAAACAAAAGACAAAAAAAAAAAAAAAGAUAAGAAAAAAAAAGAAGGACCAAGGGGAGAUAACGACAGGCACUGGAAAAGGCUGUUUAGCCACAUAAAGCCAUGGUCUUCCCUUACAAGAAGCUGGAUCCGUCGCAAAAGGAGUUCCGGCUGCUCGAGAUCCAGCCUUCACUCGACGACAAGGCCCCGAUCGAGGCGCGUCUCACCACGGUCAAGGAGUCCUGUGAGGUCCAGUACAUCGCCAUAUCGUCUCCCUAUGGCGACCCCAACGAGAAGGAGAGGAUAACGGUCAACAACCGCCCGGUCAUCAUACCGGCGCACCUGGCCUCCGCCCUGCGCAACGUCCGGGCUCUCUUCUUCCCCGUUCUCGCACAGCACUUUCAGGAGCCGCAACUGAGCAGGCGCCCCCGCGGGGCCCCGCGAUGGCUGAAGCAGCUGUUUAGGGUCGGGAGCAGCAUCGCCAGCGGAGGUGCCGGCCGGAGCAGCAACAGCACCAGCAGCAAGGGCAGCAGCGAGAGCGGCAACGCCGCCGUGCUCCGGGUCUGGCUGGACAUGAUCUGCGUCAACCAGGGGUCGGACGCCGAAAAGUCGCAGCAGCACUCGACCAUCAGGACCAUCUACCGCAACGCCGAGCUGGUCGUGGGCUGGCUGGGCGACAAGAUCGAGGAGACGGACCUGGGGCUGGGCGCCAUUGCCGAGGUGGACGAGAUAAUGCCGGAGCGCUGGGGCGACGCCGGCGACCAGGAGGAGAACCCCGAAGACUACGCGCCGACUCACCGCUGGGCCAGAAUCGCCAUGCAGGAGUGGACCGCCGAGAUCGACGGGAAGCCGCCCAACCAGGGGCCGUCGUGGAUCGGGGCUACUGAUAUACUUUUGCGGCCCUACUUCCAGCGACGGUGGCUGCUGGAGGAACUCGCCGAGGCGAGGUACCCGGCCUUUAUGAUUGGCGACGUCAUCCUGCCGUGGAAGCAGGUGCUCCGCGUGUACAAGUUUAUAGAAGAAUUCAGGUAUCAAGAAUCCGAUAUCUUUCCCAAGGAGCUACGUGAGCACAUGGCUCUACUGCCGCUCGAGUCGACGCAAAAGCUUAUGGACGAGUUCUCACGAAAACAGGCCAGAGAGGAGGCCAGGAUCUUGACAGUGGCUUCCAGUAGGGCCACAUCGUCAAGUGCAUCGACUCGAUAAUGUUGAUUUCCAUUUUGUAGAUCUCGGGUGUCGGCAUUGUUUUCAGACAAUACAUUGUUACAGGGCGGCAUGACCGAAAGCUUCGGUCUUGAUAUGAUGGUCGAGGAGGGUUGUUGGGAUUCAUUGUUUCGUAUGUUUUCAGUUGCAUCUACUAUAUAUACCCGAGCUCAAUCGACAUUAUUUUCCUUUUACAUACCUAGUCAUCAUACGCAUCAAUACAUUAGCACAAACUGGACUGGUU